GUAAAUAAGGGGUGAAUGAGGGCUGUGUAUGAGGCGCGCGGUGGCAGCGUUGUCAUGGCCGGAGCCUGACGUGAGCUCCGCUGUUGUUGAGUCUCCACCAUGGCCGCCGCCGCUAUGAACGACCCCAGGAUAUUCUUUAAACAGGCCACCACUGCUCAAUUUGAAUACGUGUACAAUUUAUACGAGGAGGCGGUGAAACUGAAGGCGGAGCAGAAGAACAAGAAGCCCGAGGAGUUCCUGAAGCUAGACAUAUGGUAUCAAAAAGAGUUGCCGGUUAAGAUAAAAUCCAGAGGGAAAGAUGCACACCUCACCCAUGAAGAACUCUGCCUAUGUAUGAAAUGGAAACUCUCGCGUGGAAAGUUUUCACCCAGACUAAAAGACUUGAUCCAGAUGAACACUCCGCGCCUCUGUAUGACAGAAACUAAAAAAGCUUUCCGUGCUUUGAUGAAGAAGGAAGAUUUGCCAUCUGCCAUACAAGCCUUGUGUAACUUAAAAGGUGUUGGUCCUGCAAUGGCCUCAACAAUCUUGACGGCGGGCUGCCCAGAGUUGUGUGCCUUCAUGGCCGACGAGUGUCUCUUGGCCAUCCCAGAAAUUGAAGGCAUCGAUUAUACCACGAAAGAACUUCUAAAUUUUGUGGAACAACUUAAGGCAGCAGCUAAUAGGUUAAAUAAAGAAGGGAGUUCAACUAUGUGGAACCCCCACAAGGUUGAGAUGGCACUCUGGGCAUACUUCGUUUUGGCAGACUUGAAGAAGGAUCUCCUUGGAGACAUGCCUGGUAACUCCGCUACCACUACAUCCUCGUCCACACAGCAACCAACGGAGAAUGGAGAUUCUCAGACGGAGUCUUCUCAAAAAGCAAAAAAUGGUGGUCCAAUGCCAGAAGAGAGCAAUGACUCGAUGGACUCUGCUUUUGCCAACAAGGAAAAUUUCACGGCAAAUACCAAUGGCACCUCUGACGCAGAGAAUAGCAGAGCCUCGGUCAUCUUAAACUGUGAGGACACAAAUGAUUCAAUGGCUGUGUCUGAAGCUCCAAGUGAGGCCUUAUCUGAGGCCCCAAGUGAGCCAGCAUCAGAGGCUCCCAGUGAAUCCAUUAGUGAAUCAGAUACUCAAGAUGUGCCCAGCCAGAUAUCCAGGGCUGCUUCUGCCAGCUCAGUCUCCGUCAACCCUCCAGACAACACUGACGAACCGGCACUGAAGAAAAUGAAGGUGGACGAAUAGUAUGUGGAGUGAGGUGGCUUGCAUACUGUACUACCACCUAUGUGUUGAGUGAGGUGGCUUGUGUACUAUUAUUACCACCUGAAUGUGGAGUGUGGUGGCCUGCAUAUUGUACUGCCACCUGUAUGCGAGUGCGGUGGUUUAUGCACUACAGCCACCUCUGUCUGAUCCCACUCUACCCUCUGCCCUCUUCUUUGCUACCCUUAACAGGCCUGGCAGCAUCACAUGGUGUAUGGGCUUGUGGGGGGGAUGUAACACUGUUGUGACAAAGAACCUGCCUCACCAGCAGUAUCGCACUACCCCACACAUCCGAUCCCCCCAUCCUUGUGCACUCUUGUGUAACAUACAUUCCAAGAGGCUUUUUAUCAUGGAGAGAUGAUCAAUAUUUUGUACACAAACUUUCCAGUUUGCAGCUCAAGUUAGCCAUGGCAAUGGAGUGUGGCCAGUUCAGUGAAUUCUAGAUGAGAUCUGUAGUUCAAAAUGCAGAAUAUGAUUGCCUCUAUGGGCAUGGAAUAACUGUCUUUACACAACUAGAAAAUCAUAAGCAUUGGGUUAAGACUACCAUUUUCUCUGCUCAGAAGAGUACCUUCCCCACUGGUGGGUUUGGCACGCAGAUUGGGGUACUUGUAGUUUUCAUUUGUCAUUUGCAUGGAGGACUGCCAUUCUUCAAACUAAACACGUAUGAACUGCCCAUCUGAUCCUGAAUCAUUUGUUGAGCCCAUCCACAGCUGUCACUGUGCCUUGGGCAGGGCCUGCACUACCUCAUUGCUUGCCUUGCCAGGGCUCUGUGACUUUUGAGUGUUUUUAUUUAACUUUUUGCAUAGAGUUUUUAUAUAUAUACAGUAUAUAUAUAUAUGUGUGUGUGUCUAUAUAUAUAUAUAUAUAUAUAUAUAUAUAUAUAUAUAAGUAUUUUAGCCAGUUUUACCAUUUUAAGGAGUUUGUGCAAGGUUGGUUGGAUUUUGAAUGGUGCGAUGUGCGCUGUGAUCUCCCUUCUAUCAAAGUACCAUCACAAUCCUCAGUCCACUGCCAUUGUUGAGAGUUAGUAACACCAUCUAUCACUUCCUCAUUCACCAGUAUUGGUCCUUACUUUCCAUAAGGGUUGAUAAUUGGUGUCUGCCAUGGUGUCAUCCCUAAAGUAAUUGAGUGGCGUAAGUGACAACAGUGUUACAUGUGCAUGUCCAAGACCCCGCCUCCCUUCACCAGGGCGUGGCCUGUGUUAGCUCAGCGUACUGAUAUUCCACCCCACUAUUGGAAACUGUUGCUCCCUAGAAAUGGCAAAACGUUGUAAUCUGAAUAUUGGAUUGUUGAAGUAGUGGUAAAGAAAAAUAGUAUGUAUUUCACCAUGCAAGUGUUAUUUUUUUUUUAUUUGAAAGUGCUUCUUAAAAUAAAACUGGUUGCACAAAUUUGAAAAACUCAAAAUACAGGAGUGUGAGACUUCAUGUGUUCAUUUCCUGCUAACCGUUUACUAAUAUAGAAAUGUUACUCAUUGGUAAAUUGUACCAAUGUGCAAAAUUGAUAAUGAUGCAGGUUGUGGACAACAUGUUGGCACUGCAAGACGGGCGAUGAGCAGCAGUGAGUGCUGCUGUCAAAUUCGUGCCGUUAUUGUCGGUGAACCAAGAGCUGGGCACAAGCACGUUUAACUGUCGGAAUAUAUUUGUUAAAGCAAAAUUAUACCAUGCUAAGAGGAUCAGAAUAUUAUUGCACAGCACUUAUUAAAAGUCCAUGGAUGGGUGUUGUGAUUCACUACAGCAACAAAACAAAUUUGGGGACUUAUCGCCAUUGCCUCGGUAGCCGAGGAUUAUCUCGGUAUUUAUUUUCAUUCUUGUCACACAAUUCUCUAGCAGUUAAUCAAUAGGAAUUUUUGAGAAAGAGCAUGCACAAAAGUGAAGGGUGGAACUGUGCAUGUUCCCAUACAAAACACACCAUGCUUUACACCUGACCCAUGAGAAGUACAUAGUACCCCUGCAUGUUACACCAUAUUCUACAUUCAUAGUCCAGACUUACAAAAUGAGUAAUCUCUCAAUUACAUCAUACAUUUUGUUGCACAUACAUGCAUGUGCACAUGCACACGAUGUGAACACUCAUUCACUCGCUCACCCCCUCCUGCCUUCUGUGGCUUUGUGUAUUCAGGCUGCCUCUUCAACACAUCUUUAUCUAUUUAUACAUGUUUGUAUUUAUUUUCAGUAAUUUUUCUUAGUUUUAUUAUAAUGUGAAAUUAGAAAUUUCACACAGCUUAUUCAUAAAAUAAAGGCCUUAGUAUUGACAUGCAGUGGAUGUCUUGUGGCUUGCAUGUCAGCACUGAGCACCGUUAAGAGACUUUGGGCGGGUCUUAGUCUAUCCCAAAGGAGGAAGGAUGUGUCCUCUUGGCCAAGGGUGCACUUUGCUGGUGGGGGUAGGUAGAAGAAUUUAAUUUUUCGUACCCAAGAGGCUCCUGCACUGUAAAGUUUUAUCAACAUGACCUGGACAGUGGUUCUUCUUGGAUUGCAAAAAUGUUUUGCGUUCUGUCAAACACUAAUAUUUUGGCAGGAGAUCACCAAUUUUUCUUAAGAGCAGGACUAGCUGUGCAUCACCUUCAUCUUUUUCUCUCUUGUCACCAUGACCUUCCUCGGUAAAUUGCCACGGAUAUGCCAGGGGAGUUGCCUCUGCUUCACUUCCAGACUUGGGCACCCAACCUUUAGGGUUAUUCUGGAAAGCCGUUUUUAGAUACUUCGUAAGCUGGGUGCCAUCAGCAGCAGGCUGUCUGUCAACGUAUUUCAGAGGAAUUCGGCUGGUAUUAUGCUUGAAUCUUGUACAUUAAUAUUUUUAAAACUGUAUUACUGUAGAUGCCUGCGGUUGCUGGUGGCUGCAGUUUUUAGUUGGUAUUUCUCAAAAGUUUGAGCAUAUAGUGGUUGUCAGCAAUUUAUUGGUUGUAGUAUGUUGGUAUAGCUGUUGAACCUUUGGCAUGGCUGCUCAUAGAUAUUACUUAAUACUUCAUAUUCUCAAGUCAGGUGUAGGAAUAUUGUGUUGGUGGGUAUGAAAUUGUGGGGAGAGGGGAGGGAGGGGCUGGGGAACUCCUGGCUUCCGUGACCCUUCUUCCCAGCAAUAUCCUGCCUUGUAUAGUCUCAUGAAAAAUGCUUAUUUUUCUAUAUAAAAACCUGAAAUCAAGUAUGGCAAUGAGUGCUUCGUCACAGCAACACAACACGAGCUGUUUCCUUAACAUACACACACACACACACCUUUCUUUUCCCCCUUAAUCCUUCCCAGCCUACUCCUGUCACUCACCCGGGGAAAUCAUUGACUGUUGUGGGUCCGGAGAUCAUCAUCAUCAUCAUCAUUAUCAUCAUCAUUGGCGUCAUCAUUUUAGGUAGUUGUAGGUGUCAUUAUUAUUUAAUCAGUAGACUUGCACACAAAUACCUGAACUCUGGACCAGGGGGAUGUCCGGAUGUGCCGCCCCAGGUCUCGUUUCAACCAAUUAUUACUGAACAAUGAAAAGUUAUUAUUAAUGAAUAAUGAAAAACUGGAGUGAAUACUACCACAGAUAUGGCCUUACACAACAGGAAGAUUUGGUGUUUUAGUAUAUUCUAUUUCAGUUUUAAUGUGAUAGAAUUAGUUCAAAUAAAGGAUUCACACCAGGACACCCCUUCUUUUAAUAUCCAUCUUUCUAUCGGUCAACUGAGUGCUUUUCUCUUGCUUGAUGCGAGCUAACGGGCUUCAAAUUUGGUGCUUGGACAUUGCAUAAUGUUAAUGAGAUGGGAGGUUGUCACACUAAAAAAAAUUGUAUGUGGAAUUCCUUUGCACUUGCCAUACAGCUUCAAUGCUCACAAUAUGGAAAUACAAUCAGUUAAGUUAGCUGUGGUAUAUUUAAUGCUGGGUGGCUAAUGUAAAUGGCUUCAUAUACUUGUUGCUACACAGUGAACAUUCAUCCAUGGAUAUUAUUAGUGCUUUCUUUUAAGAAAAUUGUCCAAGUUAAAAUGGUACUUAGUCUCAUAUGCAAGUGAAGAACUUUACAUAAACUUUGCAUAUCACAUUUACCAACUUGUGAACUAGAUCAUAUUAGUUUACUGAUCAAUGAGGAACAUUUGAAAGUUUAUACACAUCAAUAUUGCAUCAGGGGGUGGUGGUAUAUGUUUGUAUGGGUUAUAUAAUACAACUUGUUGGAUUGGUGACCAAUCUGGAUAAAUCAUCCUUUAAAGUGAGGAUGUAUGAGCAGCUUAUGCAGAGGUUCUGUGUACAAUAUCAAUUGUAUGCAAGAGUUAUUCAGUGAUGGUGAAUGUUCAGUAUGCACAUGUCAACAUUUUGUGAGGGCAUUGUAGUAAAAAUGCAGUAUGUUGGGUCCAGCAGUAGUGUAAAUCAUUCGGUGUGCAGUUAGUAUGUUAACCAAGCAGGGGUAAACUGUCUUUUCAAGAGAUCUCACCCUGGCAGUUUAGCAUUAAGAAAAAUGCAGUAGAUUGCUGUGAUCAAGAUAACUGUGGGAGAUGCCAGGACAACUACCAAUAUGUACAAAAGUGUCCAAGGGAUGUAGGAUGCAUGGAGAAUAAAUCUUCACAAUAUAUCUUGAUAGGAGUGAGAGAUGAAUGUGCACAAUGAAGUGUGGGUGGGGGAGUAGGUGUGGAAGUUUGCAUGAGGAAGACUUGAUAAUAGUCUACUGGUGUAUCAAGGUGGUGGGUAUAUAAUCUAGGAUUUAACAUUUUCCUCAGGGUAUGUGUAGUCCCUUCACAGUAUUGCCAAUAUUUUUCUACCCAGGAAAAUACUUCACAAAAAUCUAAAAGUCCUUUUAUUUUUUUUUCUGGUUAACAAAAUGUAAAACCUCAGCAUUAUACAUAGUAAUAUAUUUUGUUUAAAAGUUACGUGACUAGUAAAGCUGACUGAUCUCUCGUGGACAAUGUGUACGGCUUAAUUACCAAAGAAUGUGGACAGUGACGUGAUGCUCUUGUUGGUGUCAAGUGGAUACAGACUCUUAGUUAAAACUGUCGGGAUGCAAGGGGUGGCUCCUUUGGUACCAAAAGUUCUUGUGGGGUAUCUCCCUCAUGCUCAUUAUAGUGACAUAGAUCUGCCCGUUGAAAAAUUAUCAAGAAUUUUUCCACAAUUUUGCAGUUGUAAAAGUACUGUAUGUCAUUCUGGAAGUAAAACUUUGUUUCAGUAUAAAACUUAAAAAAAAAAAAAAAAAAUUAUAAGAGGCAUAAUGAGCAAUCCUUUACAUCUCAACAAUGAAACUGCCACAAAUUUUGAUAAAAUCAUUGAUUAAAUUUGAUAAAGAAAACAUGGUUUCCAAAGUCAACGAUUGAUACCUUGAAAGUUAAUAAAGUACAGUAUCGUACAUUUUCAUUUAAUUGUUUCAAUACACAAAGAAAUCACAUUAACGUGAUGUAUCGAUGGGAAAAUCGGUAGGAGGCUUCGAGGUACUCCCAAUGAAGGUGUACCCAGCACACAGGCUCCAAUCCUCCUCACAGCUCCUACCCCUUUUCUCGGUUGUUUCAAUAUUACUAGAGGUCUGUAUUUCACUUGUUCACUGACAGCCAUAAAGGUUUGAUUUUCUGACAACUGUUGUCAGAAUGUGUAUAUAAGCUCUUGUGUCAAGUUGGUGUCAAAUGAAAAUCCAGCAGUUAUGUCGACCAUGUAUGUAAUACAUCGGCUGCAGCAGCAGUAUGUGCCCUGAUGGAUGAUACAUCAGCAACAGUAUGUGCUCUGAUGGAUGAUACAGCAGCAGUAUGUGCCCUGAUGUAUGAUACAUCAGCAGCAAAUGUGCUCUGAUGGAUGAUACAUCAACAACAAUAUAUGCUCUGAUGGAUGUUACAUCAGCAACAGUAUGUGCUCUGAUGGAUGAUACAGCAGCAGUAUGUGCCCUGAUGGAUGAUACAUCAGCAGCAAAUGUGCUCUGAUGGAUGAUACAGCAGCAGUAUGUACUCUGUUGAAUGAUACAUCAGCAGCAGUAUGUGCUCUGAUGGAUGAUACAUCAGCAGCAGUAUGUGCUCUGAUGGGUGAUACAUCAGCAACACUAUGUUCUACAACACAUAAUGGUUGAUUACUUGCUUUCAUUUUCAUUACAAUUUCUUUGGGAUCUCUUCACAUAUAUAGUUACAUGGACAAUACAUUUGGAAGUUUUCAAGUAUAUUAAUUAAAAAAAAAAUUAAUGCUAAAACUUGCAAGCAUAUCUUCAGAUGACCUCAAAGUUGCUUUCUUAAAUCCAGUUAGAGUUGAAUAAUUGACAAUUUAAAAUAUGCAGGUAAAAAUGUCAAAAAAGUACUGUAAAUUAGCUUUUAAAGAGUAUUGGUCACAUCCUUGCAUUUGUUGAAUUUUACCUUCCAUUGCAGAGAUUCCUCCAUGGGGUAUUUAUUAGUGAUAUGUAUAUGAAACCUGCAAAUUGAUCAAAUAUACAUUAAUUGGUGCCACAAAAGUAAUUGCUUAACUUUGUAAGUUUUGUUCAUACAGUACCGUGUUAAUGGAAUUGUUGUUGUGUCGAAAUUACUUGACAUUUACCUUCUAGGGUAUUUAGAGCUGUCACAAAUUUAAACAAAAGUAAAAUUGUAAGUUUUGAGCACUAAAGAUAUCCAUCAAGUUUUAGCAGAUGACUGAUUUUUAAGAGAUGCUAUGUAUUUAAACAUCCUGAUAAUUCCUGCUGCUACUUUUACUUAAGAGCAGAAGAGGUUGUCACAGCAAAGCCACACCAAAGGUCACUGCAUCUCAAAAGAUUCCAGAUAAAAGAGCAUACCAAACCAGUGCAUGGUAUAGUGGAGGUCAAGAGUCACACUAUUUUGGAAUGGGCAGAAAUUUUGUCCAUUUUUUAUAGGUUUUAAUCAUUUGUUGUGACUCCUGCAUUUUAGGACAUUACAUAAAAAGUGGCAUGUAGAAAGCUUAAAUAAAGUCUUUAAAAAUUUG